GCGGUGACGUACGCUCGGCCGGAGACAGGAGGCAAGAUGGCGGCGUCGACUCGGAUGCAUGGACCGUCUGCGAUGCGGCUCACUGAGGGCUUGGUGUCGGUUCUGAAGGAGCAGCGUCCCGAGUAUUUACCCGCUCUGUUGGCGAACUACAGGGAACAUGGCGUCUUCUCGACACAGGGCGCGAGCGCCGUCGGGGAUCUCGUGGGGUUCAGUAAUUCCAAACUGGGUGCGAGUAAAACCAGGUUCGAGGGCCUCUGCCUUCUCUCCGUGCUGGUGAAAGACAGCUCCAGUGAUCUGUUCCAGCAGCACUGCCUCUCCUGGCUGCGCUCCCUGCAGCAGGUCAUACAGUCUCAGGCUCCGGUCCAGACCAUCCACCUCGCGGUGAAUAUCCUGAAGGACCUGCUGCAGUACUCGUCCCAGCUGGCGGAGCUGGCCAGAGAGGUCGGCCUCAACUCCAUCCUGGGCAUCCUGACGUCUCUGCUGGGCCUUAAGACAGAGUGUGAGCUGGCGGCCAUGGAGGGGAUGACGGCCUGUAUGACCCACUACCCCCGAGCCUGUGGAUCCCUCAGGGACAAACUAGGAGCUUACUUCCUCUCCAAAAUGGACAGCACCAACCGAAAGACACAAGAGAUGGCCUGUCAGUGUUAUGGUCACCUGCCUUGUUUGGGGGGGCUGCUGGACAGAGGUGUGGGUGCCGGUAGAGCCGAGGCCUGGACCAAUCAGAUCCACUGCUUACUGGCCUCAGCCAGCGACCUGUUGACUCAGCUCUACCAAGGGUCAGAGACCGACGGAGCUUCUCAGUGUCAAGGACCAGGAGUGAAGUUAGCCUUUCCUCAUCUUAGCCAAAACGAUCCUCUGCUGCUGCUGCAGCUCCAGCAUCGAUACACCUCCGUCUGCCUGGCGCUCAAACACACACUCAGAGUGGAUCCUGCUUCAGAAGUCCGUCUGCCCGUCAGACCGAUCCUCAACCUGGUCUGCCAAGCCCUCGCCGUCAGCGCCAAGAGCAUCAACAUGGCGGAAGACGGAAGUUUGAGGUUGUUGGUCCUCCCCAUUAUUCACACCAACACCAUAGAGGUCUUGUCGGAGCUCAUCACAGUGGUGCGUAGCGGUAUGGUUCAGUACGCAGCUGUUCUACAGAGGCUUUUUUCUCAAACCCUGGCUGCGUGGACGCCCGUUCCCGAGGCCAGUGUGGGACAACAACGAGCCUACAGCUCGGUUCGGGUGUCGGUGUACAGAACCUUAGAGCUGUGGGUCCAGGUGGCCGGCGCCUCGGCGAGCAUCCUGGAGGGAAGCCCCAGUCACUCCGACAUCCUCUUCAGCCACCUGCUCAGCGACAUCACACCCGGGCCGGAGUCGGUCAAGCUCCGGGCCGGCCUCUCGGCGGAUCCGGUUCCUGGAGGAAAGCCGGGCCCUCGGAGGACGAAGCAGCUGGUCAUGAUGGACGCCGUGGGACCACCACUCCAGAGGAAAGGAGACCUUCACUCCAAUCAGGACACUUGCCUUUCAGCCCUCAAAGCACUUAGACAAAUCAUACAGACCUGCGGUACAUUGCUAAGAGAUGACGUACACAAGCGACUCCAUGACGUGGUGCUGCCGUUGUGUGUCCGCCUGCAGCAGCAGUCCAACAGCAGUACCGCGUGUGAUCCUGCAGGGGGCGUUAGUGGGCAGUACAGCAGCGCCCUGACCCGCAGGGAACUAUACAGGUUGUUGCUGGCUCUGGUCCUAGUGCCGUCGGCUACUUGGCCUCCACCUCUGACCUGCGCCGUGUCCAUCCUCAGCAACGGACGCACCGACCGCAACCUCAAGGUCUCUUCGUUUUGUGCCGAGGCACUCACCAUCUGUAACUCGGUUCUCCACCCCCGCACGGCCUCCAUCGCGCUCCCCUUACCGUCCCUCGCCCAGAAACCCAGCGCCAUGGCUUCAGUCCUCCCUUCCUCCCAGGGACCCGCCCCCGGACUCACCUUGCCGACCCUUCUAGGAGGCCCCGCCCCUGGUCCGUCCUUCCCCGCCAGACACUCCCUCGGCCUGGGCCCCGCUUCCCUGCUGGGCUCUUUGGAGAACCACCUCUCGUUGGUCCCGGGGCUCCCGGGUCAGGUGCCCACCCCGGCCGACAUGAUCCUGUCCCCCAACGCGCACCACCAGCCGGACGCCGUCGCCCUCGGCCACCCGGAGGGGCAGAGGCCCGUGUUCGUCCGCUACGACAAAGAGGAGGCGGACGACGUGGAGAUCUCUCUGGCGAGCGACUCGGACGACAGCGUGGUCAUCGUUCCCCCGGGGAUGCUGAACAUGGAGAACCAGCAGGACGAAGCGGUCGUGAACUCGCAGAACAUGCUCUCGGCUCUGCCAGCCGGUGUCGCGCUCCCGGAGGGGGAACCCAUCACCAUGGUUCCCACCACAGCGGCAGCCACCACCACGAUAGACGGAACCUCUUUGCCCAACGACCUAGCCACUUCCUCCCCACUCCUCACCACUUCCACAACCCCCAUCAACUCGUUCCCUCCUUCCAGCGCCUCGGUGGUUUCCCUAGUUCCUCCUUUGAACCACAGCGCCCUCACAGCUCCGCCUGGUGGUCUGGGGGACUCGUUGCCCGGCAGGCCCCAGCUCCAGCAGAUGCUGAUGCAGCCCUCGGCGGCGGGCCAGCCGGGCCCCAUGGGCCUCCAGCACCAGAUGCACCAGCUGCAGAACCAGCUGAGUCAGCAGGGACGGAACCUGCACCAGCACCUGCCGACGCCGGCCAGCAACGAGGACUCGGCCGUCAUCAACAUCAACAGCACGGACGAGGAGGACGAGGAGGAGGAGGACGAGGAGGACAUGGAGGACGACGAAGAGCUGGAGGAGGAGGAGGAAGGGAUGGACGACGACGAGGAGGAGGAGGUGAGCGAUUUAGCCGAGGACGAGUUCUACGGGGAGGAGUAUGAGGACUAUGAGGAGGAGGAAGGGGAAGAGCUGGAAGAAGAGGAGGAGGAAGAGGAGCAGCAGCAGCCGGGGCAGCAUGGGGACAUGCCUCCAAUGAAAGGAGCGGAGGAUAAGCUGGGAGACGCCGGGGUGGAGGAGGGGAAGGCGCUUCGAGCUGCCGUCGAUGAGGGACGGAUGUCUGGGUUAAGCGUGGAGGAGGACACGGAAGGAGGGAUCGAGGAGAUCCAGACCAACAAGGCGCUGUUCGGGGACGACAGGAUGAACGUGCAGGAAGUGGAGAGCAUCGGCGUCCUGGAGGAGGACGCCCGGGAUCCCGAGAGGGAGGAGGAGGAGGAGGACGAGGAGGAAGAGGAGGAGGACGGCGAGAGGAUGGACGACCCCAACAUGCCACAGAUCUUGUGCGUCACCGGAGGAGCGUUGGAGGAGACGGGGGAGGAGGAGGGGGCGGCGGCGGCGGCGGCGGCAGCAGGAGGAGCAGGAGCCGAAGAAGAAGAAGAAGAAGAGCUGCUGCAGAAGGAGGCGCAACCGUGGGAGCAAGGAGCCAAGGAGUACGAGCCGACGGUCCCUUCAGAGCAGGCAACGAGUCAACAGGAUUUAACGUCCGAACCUACGCAGGAAGUCGGUGCGAGUGACGACCGUCCGCCCGGUCAUCAGGACCAACCGUUGGUCGCAGUCCAAGAUGGAGACUCGACAUCGGCGGCGGCGGCGGCGGCGGAUCCUGAAACCUCAACGGGAUCAAGUACUAAAGAGCAGGAGGAGACGCAAGCUGAGAAGAACGACAACAAGGAACCGGAGCAGCAGGAGAGUGAAGGAGGAGGAGGAGAAGGAGGAGGAGAAGGAAGCUGUGGGGAGAGUAAUGGAGAGGAGGGGGUGGGAGUGAAGAGGAAGAGAGAGGAGGAACACGAGGAGGAAGAGGAAGCAGGACAAAGUGCUGAGAAGAAAAAGGUCCUUCAGGCCGAGGAGACCAUGGCCUCCAUGUUGGCGGAUUUCGUCGCCUGUCCACCGGACGACGAGGACGGCGCCCCUGGAUCGAACCGCUCCUAGACAUUCACCAACCUUAGACGAUCGUGUGUUGUUACUCCCAUCGUUGGGUUUUUUUUUCUUUACUAGCCCGUGUCAGGUACAGUUGAAAUAUGGCCACAUCUGUGAGGAGGAACGUGGAAGUGAAACCAUCCCUGUGACAGAUUAAACAUUUCACUCAGCAGGUUUCAUCUCCCGGAACAAGCCAAUGGUCUCGUACACAUUAUGCUUCACGCGUCUUUGUACACGACACACACACACACACACACACUGUCUUACAAUUACGAAAUGUUCUCUCUUCGGUUUGUACACAUUUUAAUGCUGUUCAUGUUUUGUCAUCUAUGUCAUAUGCUUUGUAAUAAGAAAAAGUAAAAAAAACAAAAAUCUGUUCUAACUUA